AGUUUUAACCCCUUGACAUCUUCAUUAGAACACAAUAGGACCUACAAGCCCAACACACAAAACCAGCCCCAAAACCCAAAAAAAAAACCCCCAAUACUUUUGCAUUUUGGGACCCUCUCAGAUGUUCGAAGUGACAGUGUUCUGAAACUGGGUACUCCAAAUUCACGAUGGCAACCAAGCAGCCCACUCCCCGCCAGCUGGCUUACCUUGACGAGCUGAAGAUGCGUCUGCAGGAGCUUCGCGAUCGGCAGGCCACCUUCAUGGAGCAGACCGCCAAGAUGCUCAGCCGGAUGAGCUCCCCCAACAUGGAUACUGUUGCGGACGAGCCAGUGUCCACCGUUCCGCCGGAGGGAAGUGGAGCCCCAGACCCUUCCCUGGGUGCAGGUGGCGGGGUCACCAAGGGAUCGAAGGGCAACCUCAACAUCAAACAACUGAUCAAUCGCUUCGAGGAUCUGCGCAAGACAUCGCAGGAGUUUGGCGAUCUGCCCGAGGUUCCCGAGGAGCUGCUCAACGUGGAUGUGCGCCGCAUUCUGAAGGGCUACGAGAAGCUGAUCGAGGACGGCCAUGUGCUUCAGCAAUCCUGGUUCCUGCUCAAGAAGUCCACGGAGAGCUGUGCCCGAUUUGCCAGCGCCAACGUCAUGGAAUCGGAGGAAGGUCCUGCCUCGAAGACAAGCUCGGGCAUCGUUGAGGUCACCUACGUGGUACCAGAACGCAGUCCGCAGGUGGUAAGGGUUUCCCGCUCCAAGGAAUCUGCAUCGCUGCAAUCGAAUGUGGUCACCAGUUCGAUGAUUGUGGAUAAGGAGGAAGAGGUAUUCAGUCCAACGAAUGUCAAGUGGAAGUGCAGGUCGCCUGACUAUGGUCAUGCGCGUUGGGGAGCCUUCAUGCAGCUGAUCAUUUGCCUCUUCCGUCCCUUCCGUGGCUGCAGUAAAAAGAAGGCAGCCUCCAGAUCGAUGCCCUGCCACCUGCCGGAAAAGAAGCCCAUCCACUAGGCCUUUUCAAUAGCCAACACACAAAAUGCACAAGUGAAGACCCAAACUAAGCCACACCAAUCCCCCCACGAUAAUCCCACCAGAAAUAAUCCAAUAAAACGACCCACACCCAA